UUCGCCAACGUUACAUAGUUCAUACAUGGAUAUAUAAAUCUAUUAAUGUUUGUAGAGAAUAACCGAAAUAGCAAAUUCUCCCGAUAUUUAUUUUUAGACGGUGUAAAACAGGUUUAAUCAGCGGACGCUAAACAAGUAAUUUUUCGUAGGGCCUUAAACUCACGAAAUGUGAAAGUUUUUAUGCAUAUGAUAUACCAUUCAAGUAACACAACUGAAGAGUUUUCAAACAACAAUACGAAGAUUAACUAUACUCUGCACUAACAAAAUUCCACAAUAGAGCAUAGAACAAUAACCAAGGUUAGACACGGCUGGUGACGCUUUUGAUCGCCAACGUUCCAACAUAUUUUCUACAAACAUUGUUUGUGUUUCAUGGUUUCACAUUAUAAAGACGUGAACUAUUAAAUGACCAUGGAUUGUAAAAUAAUUGUAAACCAUGGAUUGUUUAUUUUACAAUCCAUGAUUAAACGUUGCGUUGGCGAACUGACAUAAGAACGUGAGGAAACGUUGGCGAAUCGACCCGAGACGUUGGCACUCUGUGACGUUGGCGAACUAACAGUUGGCGAAACGACUCGUUGGCGAAACGACCGGUUACCACAUUUAUAUAUUGACAAUUUUCGAUCGUUCCUUUUCGUGUUACAAUUUCGACUAAAUCACUGCACUUUCAGCUUAUUAUGAUAUAAAAUGUCGUCAACAAUUUGAAUAGAAAUUUGUAUAUAUCAACGAUAAACUUUCAAUUGAAACCUUCUCUUGACAAAUGUCUUGACAUGAAUCGACGACAUAAUUGUGAAUUCACUGCUCUGCAAAGUCACUCGUUAAUAUCUCUAAACAAUCCCAGUAAAUCGCUGCGUCGGCUCUCGAUAACGUUCUCAGCUCCUUAGUCAAAGUUCCCUUUGUAUUUGCAAUGUUGAAGAGCAAGAUUAUUCGUUAAUUUUACAGUUUUACUCGUCUUCUAAGCCAUCGUGUUGAAAACAAAAUUUUCUUCACUCCUUGCCGUAAGCCCUUCCUACUCCCCCUAAGUUUGAGUUUGUCGAAAUUUGCAUGCGCGAGCCGGUAUGCGCAGUGCAAAUUUUUGUGUCGAUUUAUGGCAGGCAUCUCACCAAACUUUUUCCCACCACCCGAUUCGUCGGGUGAGAUGUCUGCGUAGGAGGCUAAUGUCCGCAGAGCAUUUUGCUUUUUAAUUAAACUUAAGGUUACAGGAUACCCUAGAACGUAAAAAUUUUGAAUUUUUUUUUCUUUACAUGUUCUUGUUGCUUUUGAGCAUACCUGUCGUCUGGACAAAAAUGUAAAUCAGUAUCUUUAAAAUUAAACAGGUUAUUUAGUAAAACGCAAUUGAAGUCUAUAUGUUUGGCGGGAAAUGUGUUUGAUAGAAAAUCGACACCUUGUGCAAUUCAAUUAGUGUAUAUGUCAUCUCGUAUUCCGUUACCACAACAUGCGGUUGUAGACGCACAUUUCUCUUGCACUGAAAUCUUUGCUGGAAAAAAUGCCGCGAAUAAAAGCUGAUUCUGGCAAAAAAAUAAAACCCCUUUUUGCGGCCGUCGGAAGAAACUCAAACCCAAGACCGACAAUUUGUUCACAGAGGAGAGAAAGAAAUCACUGGCAGAAAGUGACCCUAAAACCAUUCUGUAGAGAUGAAUCAAUACCCAUAAAGGCCAUAAUUUAGAACAGUUUGCCUAAUAUUUACUAGCAUAAUUAUAGAAUAUAAUAUGUAAGUAUAUUUACAUGAGUAUAUUUAUCAUAAUAUAACAAUGCCUUUUAAAACAUAUAUUUUUAAACUUAAUUAUUAUAGUCAUAUUUGACUAACACUAUAAUAGUCUACACACAACUUCGGGAUCUUCAAAGCUUCACAAAAGAUGUCCAGCUCAAUAUUGUAAGCAUCUUAGAAGCAGAAUAAAAACAUUGAUUUGGCGACUUAUCAUUUUUGCCAUAUUUACUAAUUUAGCCACAAGUGCAUGACUAACUGGAAAAGCUUUAUUAGAAUUAGCUGCGCGGCUUUUAUAGUGGCCUUUGGCUUUGCGUACAGAUAUCAAACUCACUUCUCUUAUCUCUCCUUUUACAUCACCGCGAUAUCGCUCAGGAAAUUUAGUACUUCGACAGGAUAUCAAUAAGCCGCAUCCUUGGGACCGAUUCCCUGUUUCUAGAAAUGAACGAAAAUGUAAUGACAUUUUACAAUAAAGCCUUUCAUUUCCAAAAACAUUACGAUGCGCGGCGUACUAAAAACGCAAAUUGUGCAAAACUGAUCCAGUGAACCAGGUGCAAUUAUGUAUAUAACGCGUGUGCCCAUCCACAAUGAAAAAAAUUACCGUAUAAUUCUAGGAGGUUUACCACGCUUCUUUAGCCGAUCUUCAACACCAGCCUCAAUAUUCUUGAUAAAGUUUGUUCCAUCGUAACUGAAGAGAGAGAACAAAUGCAUGGCUUUCUAUAACGUCAACUAGCAAAAUAUCGUCAGAUCAAAAUGCGAUAAACUAAGUUUCCUUACCCUUUAAGGCUUUAUCUUUCAUCGUUGCCAUUAGUUUUUCUUUGUGGUCCACAUCGCCAUCAUCUGCAUUUUUGUCGCUUUUGAGAUUCUGCGCUUAAGAUUCUGCGAUUUUAAGCCUCAGCUUUUUCUUUUCGUUUAGGCAUGACUUGAUUAUAUAUUGUGGUCCUGCCGCAAACGUUAUCUGUCAUCGGAUUAACUUUAUAAUGACAGUACGUCACAGCAGGCGGAGUACCUGAUUAGACUGAAAGAAAACCCGCGAAAUUUUCAAAGCGCUUUUUGAGGCACUUGAGUUUUGAGUCGAAUAUAUGCACUAAAUAAAGUUUGUUAAGCGUGCGUUUCAACCGAUUUUUGUCAAAAUUCCACACAGCAUAGGUACAUAUUUCGGCUACAAAACGGUGUGCGCGCGAGCUUUUUAUUCAAAUAAUAAGCAAGUUACAAGCUUUUUGUUGUCAAUUAGUUGCAAUAUAGCAUAGGUCUGGAAUGAAUAUGCCGUAACUCAUGAACCCCUAAAGCAACUACAAAACGCGAACACCGUUUUUUAGAACAACCUUUGAGAAGAGUAAAAAUGAUAUUUUUAUAGGAUUUGAGUAAAACCGGCGUCUAACAAACUUCACGGCGCGGAAGUACCGCGAUUUUAGACUUCGGCAAAUAUCUGAAUAAGUAUUUAUUCUUUCGUACAUAUGAUAAGAACAUCUUAUACUGCAUUUAUCUAACUACAUUUGGUGAAAAUUUGAUGGAAUUUGGAUUAAAAUUGAUCGAGUUACAGCGGAUCUCCCGAAAGGCAUGUCUAGGGUAUCCUGUAACCUUAAGCUAUCUGAUAUUAUUAUUCAAUGACUUGCAUUAUUUUAGGCAAAGGUUGUACAAUGUAAUGCAACAACCUACUGCCCAGAUGGCAACACAUGCUGUAGAUUGGCGAGUGGUCAAUGGGGAUGUUGUCCUUUUCCAAGUGCUGUUUGUUGUUCAGAUGGUGUUCAUUGUUGCCCACAUGGUUACACCUGUACAUCUGGACAAUGCCAUAAAGGAUCUCAUAUAACUAAGUUAUUCAAGAAGAAACCCGCGAUUCAGGUGGGUAAUAAGUGCAUGGUAGGUGGUUGGAGUUGUAUGCCCUUUGUUAUGCGUUCAUCUCAAAACCGACAAAAUCUCGAAAUAAUAUACACUUAAUGUCUGCUCCCGAGGGAAAUAGUUAGUUUUGUUUUCCCGAGAAUCUCAAUGUUCCCGAGACGAAGUCGAGGGAAACAUUAAGAUUCGAGGGAAAACAACUAACUAUUUCCCGAGGGAACAGGCAUUAAGUGUUUUGUUAUAUAGCGACGAACAAAAAUCAACUUCAACAACAUUCAUACAACAAUUGUAUUUCGUGACAAAAACUCUACAGUUAAAACGAGUUUAAAAUUAAAAGAACCUACUUAAACGGUUUCAGCAGCAUAUCCUGUUGCCAGUUGUGUAUUUUUCUUCUCUUUUAUAUUCUUUAUUUGAACACAAACUUGGAAAAUCGUAGUUUCUAAUUAUCCGCUGAGUUGUGCCUCCAUUUUGUUUAUUUUGUACGUGGCCGGUCGGGGCGGGCAACAAUUUUUCACUUGUUGCCCGGCGGGAAACAUUGCAUUUAUCUGAAGUCACGUGACCACAAAUCAGCCAAUCACGUUUGGUGUUCACGCUAGCUAUAUAACAAACUGUGAUAUAUAGUGAAAUAUUCAGCUUGCCCAUAGUGCAUGUGGACACACUCAGAAACAACAUCACAAACAUAUAUCUUCACCUGAGUGCAUAACAUCAAAAAUAGAAAAAUUCAAGAUCAUCUAUCCAGUCGCCACCAAUCUAUAUGAACAGCUUUUGCGAAUGGCCGAAACAAACUGAAUCUGGAGAAUAAUAUAUAUUGGUCACUUUGUUUAAGCAAGCCAGUGAGAAACAUGUUCCUUUUAAGUUGGUACAGACUAUUGCAUGAAAGACCUAUAAAAGUCUGGUACCAAAUGUAAUAACUCACAAGCAUCGUUUAGGAGCAAUUAGUGGCAAGCAUGCAAUCACAUGCACCUAUAUAUAACGUAAUUGUCAUAUUAAAUAAUCACAAUUAAAACGUAAGCUAAAGUUAGCAAUAUAGCAAGCAUGCAAUAUAUGAUUCUGUACAAUGCAUGUACCAAAAGCAAUUUCCAGUUUACCCUAUUGUUCGAGUCACGGAUAGGUAACUUACCUAAAACAUUGCUAUUGGUUAUUUGUGCAAAAAUACAAUACACACGUGGCAGUGAAGGACCGUAUCUGUUGACGUUGACUGACAUAGAUAAUGAGUUAUAUUGUUACAUGUUAUGAGUUAUAUUAUUAUCUGAAUGAAAAGAGCCUUAAACGGAUACCGGAACUCCUUUGGCAUGUAAAACGAAAGAAUAUUAUUUAGAGAACAAGUUAUAAGCAUUGGCGACUUUAGGCAAGCAGUGAAAAACAUGUCCAUUUUAAGUUGGUACAUUUUAAAAACACUCUGGUUUUAAACAUCCUGGCUAACCUAGAGAUAACACUAUUUGGGUUAACUUAAUUUUCCUUCAUGUUUCGCUCGCUACUCUGGUUUAAAUAAAUUAUUACAGAGCGAGCGAAACAGUAGCCCGCGUGCAGGCCCAAGGGAACUGAUAGCGGGCCUGCAAGCAAGACCCGGUAUUUUGUAGAACGCCCCUUUUCAUAACACGCCCCAUUCGCGCGUCAAUUGUCAAAAAAGAACCAAUGACAGCACCCAAAUAUUAACAUACAAACUAGCAUUAAAAUGUUGCGGGGUUUUCUCUGCUUAUUCAGAACAUAUAAACAAUGUGUAAAUGGCUUCGUUUUAACUCCAAAAAAGCAAGCAACGCAGUCAGUAAUUGCCACAUUUGCAAGUGCUCAUUUUCAACUAAAAUCGGAACAGGCAAAUUAGGACGAAUUUCAACAGAAAACCAGUCUCAAACUUCAAAUCGUGAGGGAAGUCGUGCGACACAUUAGCAUUUUAUAAUGUGUGCUUCGCUGUCGAGUCGCCAUUGUUAUAAAUAAAUUGUCUCACUUAUCAGAUCGUGCGUGCAAUUCUUGUUGGCGGCGGAAAGUACGAAAUUUAUUUCAGUUAUUUCAUUUGGUAAAGAACUCUACAAAUUAAAGAAGAGAGCGUUCAGAGUCCAGAUCGUUUCGUUUCAAACGGCAAUUUAAUACCGUCUUCUGUUUCGCUCUCUCAGCGAAGCCUUGUAAAUCGCAAAGUGUUUCGAAUAGGCUUACUGCUUACAUGCAUCUGCCUCUAAAUCUUCACCGCGAAAAGCGCUGUUUUCUUCAGUGCAAGAACAGUCAACAUCAACCAAAAGAUAAUUUUCUUGAGGAACAUAUAUAAACGUAUCAAGUCUGUUUGAAAUUAAUGAAACUCAAGUAAAGUUUACUAUAGUUUACCCCAGUCGUAAUGUUGCUAUUUCAACACUUCACGACAAGCAAUCCCAAUUGGCAUAACGGCAAAAACAUCUCUUCCUUCAAGUAAACAAUAAACAGUCUGUUCUUGUUCCAUUUUUAAUUGAAAAAAGUGAUCAAUUUUCGAAUGUUAAGCUUAUCGAGGGCCUUUGUGAUGAAUCUUUGAUCUAAUUAUAGAAUACAACAGCAAACAGCCAAUCAGAAUGCCGCGUUCGUUGGCGAACGCAGAAAGUACAAAAUACCUGGCCUUGCUUGCAGGCCCACUAUUCUUUCCUUGAGCCUGCACGCGGGCUAGCGAAACAGUGGCGGCGGAACAGGGGGAUUAGGGGGGCUUUAGCCCCCCCCCCCCCAGAAGUAAAAAUGCAGAAUGCGAGACCAUUUAUACAAACUACGAAGUCGUCAAAUUACUGCUUGCCGGCUAAAAUGCAAAAGAAAAUAUCCUACUUUGUGAUCAAGUGAAUGUAAAUUGAUUUUCUUUCACCCUGCGUAUAUAUCUUUCAUCUAUACAGUAAAUACUACGUACAAAGUCAGAGUAUUGGCCUUUGUGGUUAUUUACGAAAUGGGACAAAUAAAAGUUAAGUGAAGAAGUUUGAGACUUUCCUAAUGGGUUAUCGAUUAUUUUGAUCGAAGCAAGAAGAACGAAAUCCAACAACACAGCUAGAAAGAGCGUCUUAGAAUGAGUAAAACUGCAAAGAUUGGUUCCUAAAUGUUUUAAAAUGAAGAAAAUAUACCCCUGUGAAGUUUGCAAAUUUUGUAUAUAUUUGUACUACGCGUGGUAAAAUAACCACUUUCGGUUCAAAAAUGGUUAUUUUUCUCGCGCGUAAUGCAAAAUUAAUACAGUAGGCCUAUAUACAAAAAUUUCGAAUUUAACAGGGCUGUAUUUUCCUCAUUUUACAACAAUUCGCAGCCAAACUUUGCAAUUUUACUCAUUUUAAGAUGCUCUUUCCAGCUAUGGUAAUGGAUUUCGUUCUUCUUCUUGUCUUCAUCAAAAUUUCGUCUAGAGCUGGAAUCGUUGAUUCUAGCCCUCGAUUUCGAAUAGAACAUUGAAUAAGAACUUCUCUUAUCUUGUAUUUGUGCUCUUUGUGUUAAAGCGAGAGUAUGGAUUGUGGAAUACAAUUGUAUUUCUAGUUUGGUCAACAUUUUUAAAUCAUUAAAAUGCUUAAUAUUAUGUUUUAUGUCCAGUCAGACAAAACUUAACACUGCUUAUGUGCUGAUUACGCAAAUCGUAUAGUGAUCUUUUCAAUCUUUUUGCGGCUUAUAAUUGGUCGUUAAUUUGCUUCGAUUGCUCAUUAAUUCAUCAUUAGCGUUAAAGAUAAAAGACGGGACAUAUAUAAGAUUCACAAAGCAAAUUUCAGUUACUAGAAUAUCAAACCUUCCUUCUAAAUUCCAUGUUUUGCUUAUAUUUUAGAGAAAAGGGACUUUGACUGGGGGGGGGUGGUCAAAAUAGUUGAGUGGGGCACCAUGGUGGCUUGGGAGGCUUUGCCCCCCCCCCAGUUAUAUAGUUAAAAAAUGCCCUGUUAGUAGAUUUUGAACAAUUUUUGAAGGAGAAAUCACUAUACGCUAUGCCGUUUGCGGUUUGUGUUUCCACUUAGUCAAAAACUACGGUAAACUUUUUUAAAUUUAGCCCCCCCCCCCAAUAAAAAAUGUUCCGCCGCCCCUGGAGCGAAACAUGACUGCGCUCGCGCAGAUAUAUUUCUAUCGUCUUAUUCGCUGUUGGCUGUUCACAGUUGGUUGUAGCCAAUCAGCGACUCAUAAGAUUACGUCAUUAUUUCAUUAAGAUACGUAAGUUAUUUGGAAUUCACAUGGCGCCUUCGAUGGAGUGAUGUGGUUUGAUAUGCGAAAUUUGUGUGAAUACUAUUGAAAGUUUACAUAACAGUCCUGAAGUACAAUGAUAUUUACAGUUUGUGGCUGAUUACCAUAUUUAUAUGUUUUAAAGGCCAUGUUUAAUAAAGUUCGUAAUGUAAACAAACGCUUUGUUUACAUUUUGAACUCAGUGCUACAGUUGUAAAAUAUGAUUAGAUAUAUAUUAUACUGAAUUUCUAACACUCUUCUGGUUCGCUAUGCUUGUAAAUGAAUACAGACUAGAGGUUAAAUUCAAGAAAGUUCGGAAUGUGCAAAAUAUUAGUAAUAUUGCAAUGUUCGGAUCCCGACCAUUGGAAUGUAGGCUUUCGCAGAAUGUAUGCGCAGAGGGGGGGGGGGGGGGGCAAGGGCAGCAUUUUUCCGACAAACAAUUUUUUCCGACAUAAAUAAUAUAUGAAGUCAUACCGAAUGAAAUAUUGACGUCUAUUCUAUAAACAUAUUUUGGGAAAAGUCCAAGUGUAGAUAUAUUAUAUAUAUAUAUAUAUAUAUAUAUAUAUAUAUAUAUAUAUAUAUAUAUAUAUAUAUAUAUAUAUAUAUAUAUAUAUAUAUAUAUAUAUAUAUAUAUAUAUAUAUUUAUAUAAAUUUCCGUGAUAAAUUUCCGUUCAGUUUAUCACGCUUUUAUACGAGCUCUGUCUUACAUGCAACUAUUGUUUUAAAAGGUGUGGGGAGGGGCAGCCAGAGAAAUCGAACAUGAUGCACAGAGCACAUAAUAUACAAAUCGAAACCCGACUAUUUGACGGCACCUUUGAUGUUGGCACAACUGCUGCCAUAUUCCUAUCCAGUGCGCUAAGGAAAGACAGUCAUCCUCCAGAAAAUAUUACAAAUGUCAGACGUUCAGGGGGGAGGGGGUUAAUGGCUGUCGUUAGAGCUAGUACGGGCUACGGAACAUGGCAACUACAUGAUGACAGCCGGUUACGGGUUUUUGCCCGAUUCCAACCUCUGUAUAUGGCACGUCAUGUGUCAAAGACACACCUGUCGAUAACCUAUAUGCAACAAUCACUCCUUUAAUAAAUACGCUUAGCGUACCUUUUUUUCUUUUGAAUAUAAGUCAACAAAUCACAAAUCAUAUAUUGUGUUCCAUUUUAAGGCCAAAAAUGUAGUUUGUCCAGAUGGAUCUCAAUGUCCUGCUGGUGACACAUGCUGUGAGUUGUCAAGUGGUGGAUAUGGAUGUUGUCCUCUCCCAAAUGCUGUUUGUUGUUCAGACGGUAAACAUUGUUGUCCUGAAGGAUAUACAUGUGAUGUGUCGCAAGGGACGUGCACACAACGUGGUCAAAUUACAACUCUUUUCCUGAACAAACCUGCUUUAAAGGUAAAUUGAGAUCUAUUUAACAAAUAAAUAACAUUUUGUCGUUGUCUGUUCAGUUAUGGACACACAGUAUGACGUCGUAAUGCGGGAAGAACAAUAAAGUGGGCACAAACCGCCGAGGCGAGUGUGUCACGUUUUUGUUCUUCCCACAUUACAGUAUGAUGUCAUACUUUGUAUUUGUAAUUGAGCAGACAACGGCAAAAUCUUAUCUAUUCGUUUUAAUAUAAUAAAAAAGAACCUCCCCCUGAAUUAAACAGGUAUAAAUAGCUUACUUUUUAUCCACCCAAAUAUUUGGUAAUUUGAAAAAGACAAAAUUUUACAAAUAUCACGCGUACAUGAUCUGUAUAAAUAAGGGAAUGCUAUUGGAUAAGGUUUUGUGUAGCGUAAUUCCGUGCGUCUGUCCUCUAAUAGAUCAUGGCUUAUCACCAAUGAAAGCACUUGAAUUCUUAACGUUAUUAUAUAAUUUAAAAGAUAUAAAUCCCAGAGUAUUUCCAGUGGUCCAGAUACGCUCAAUACAGCUGUGUUCGAAAAAGGAGAACUGCGUGUAUAUUUUGUUGUUGAUCCUCUUAGUAUAGUUGGCCUCCAGUUGUCCCUUCAUAAACUCAGUUAGGCUAAGUAUCAUUAAUCUGGUCGCUUUCCACCCAAAGUGAAGUUUAUACCUUUUUAAUUUAAUCGAUUUCUACUACCUAACAAGCUUUACAAGGAAAAAAGAACACAAACUGACAAAGUUGCCAAUAUUGUAGUAAGGAAGGACUAGAAAGGAACAUCCAAUACGCAGCUAGUCCACCUAAAGAAAUAAAGAAAUAAAAGAAGAGAAAAAGCAUAAGACAUUAAAGAGUAAAUUAAAAUUUACAAUUAUUAGUUCUGCCAAACACACAUAAGUUCCCCAGUGUGCACGUGCAAUCUAUUUGGGUCAAAAUCCUUGCUUUUAUAAUGUUCUUUACAUGCUCUUGCAAAUGAAGUUGGAGAGAGACCAGACGUUCUUAAGUUUAUUCAUUUAUCUAGAAUCCAAUCAAAAUGUCCCAGGAGAAAUGUUAAUUUCCACACAAUAAUAAAAUCCGUAGUUCAUAGGCUACAUUUUUUGUGUCCAUGAACAAAUUAUUUCUUAAUAUUAAUCAAUUUCUUGCAUUGUUUAGGCGAAGAAUGUAGUUUGCGAUGGUGGAGUAGCUGAAUGUCCAGAUGGUACCACAUGCUGUAAAUUGAAGAGUGGUCAAUGGGGAUGUUGUCCUUUUCCACAUGCUGUUUGUUGUUCAGAUGGUGAACAUUGUUGUCCUCAAGGAUAUACCUGUGAUGUAUCAGCAGGGACAUGUUCGCGACAUGGUCAAAUCACAGAUUUUUUGCCAAACAAACCCGCCACACAAAUACCAAAGGUAAACAUAUACUCGAAUUGUAUAGGCUCAUUUUAAGUUGAUACAGACUGUUGAAAGACCUAUAAAUAGUCUUGUACCAAAUAUCACAAUUCACCUACAACAGGGACCGCAGAGCCUGUUUAAAAGUGUGUGUGUGGGAGGGGGGGGGGGGGAGCUAUUCCACGCAGGCAGGCUGGAUUUUAUCCGGUAAUUUUUUUAUUAUCCACCGAAAAAGUGGGGGAGCCAUGUUUCCCCUGUUCCGCGGUCCCUGCUGACAAGCAUUGUUUAGGAUCAAGUGGCAAGCAUGCAAUCACACCUGCAUGUAUAAGGUAUAUGACUAUUAAAACGUAAGCUAAAGUUAACAAUAUAGCAAGCAAUAUAUGAUUCUGUACAAUGCAUGCCAAUGAUGCCACAACAUGCGUAUUUUACACAAUCUGUUUUGUUAUAUGUAGGAUUCCUUACAGCUCUACCCAUAAAAAUUUUAAACAAUUAGAAUUAAUAGUUAUAACAGUACAUAAAAAAACAACAACGCAAAUCGACAUGCAUAUGAUUAAUUGAUUAUCUAAUGUCAGUCAAAUUUAUGGCACGACUCGGGACGGGACUCUUUAUUAAUUUAAUCAAGUGACCCGUUGUUCUGAAAGAAUCAUAUAACUUAGAGCCUUAAACGGACACCGGAACCCCUUUGGCAGACAUUCGAAACUCCCCUCCCCUCCCCAACAUUUCAUGAAGUGUACGCCACUGCAACGAAAGAAUAUUUUUCAGAGAACAAGCUAAGUCAUAAACAUUGGUGAUUUUAUAAGUAAGCCUGUGAAAAACAUGUUCAUUUUAAGUUGGUAUACAUUCUAAAAACAGUCUGGUUUAAAUCAUCCUGCAUGGCUAACCUAGAGGUUGAUUCAACGUUGAAUAAACGUCAUUUUGCCCGCUGGGUUCUCAGUAUCAAGCUUAACGGUAUCAUACACAUCACAGCAGAUAUAAACUAAUGUUAUUUCGAAACGCCAUAUCUUGUAAAUAUCUGCUGAAGAUGGAUCGAAAUUGAUUCGAAAUAUACAGGUUUUCAAAACUGAUUGCGUAUGGUGUAACUAGCAGCCUUUUGCUGAAACUAGCAGCCGGUCAACGAUCAUGUUCAAUUUCCUGUUUCACUUCAUGUAACCAUUCAGGAUCCUUAUUACUGUAUGUUCAAUUGCAUUGUCUCAUAUUUCACUCCAGUGGCCUGUUGUUCAAAACUGGAUUCGCACUAACCCUCGGUUAAUAUUUAACCUGAUGUUUUAGUUUAUGUAUUCUGCAUAUCUAAAAGAAGACGCCUAUAGUAAUCCAGACAAUCUUUCUGAAAAAAUAUUUCAAAAUGUAUAAACAAGCUGUUGGGAAGUUGGUUUUGAAUUUUAGAUUCUUGAUGUGAUAAAAGGCAAGCCACCUAUUUUGGUGAAGUCGAACGAAACGUUUUUGUCACCAUCACGAAUCAAAUAUUUCCUAGAUCACUAGCGUGAAGCGGCGUCGAAAUUUUCCGUGAACCGCCAGGGUCAUCAGUAACAAUCAGUGUCAGCACUUUCAGCGUGCGUCACAUCCGGUGAAUAUGAAUUGAGAUAUUCACCACACGAAACACGCGCUAAAAACUCAGCAGGCACAGACAACACGAAGUCACGAACUAGAGUUGGGCGAUACUUAAAGAUCAUAUCGUGAUUAUCGUCUAGAAAUUAUCACGAUAUUCGAUAAUUAAGUAAUGUUUGAACGAGCAACUGAACAAAUUAGUUGAAAUAUCAUGUCCAUAUAAACAGGAAUGGAUGAUAUUGAAUGCAUGUACGUUGAAAAUAAGUCAUAGACAGCAAAUGUAAUUUUAUUGCUAUUUUCCUUUAUUGCGUAUUUCCCUUUGAUACUUACUAAUGCAGCAAAUUUGAAUUUAUUGUUCAAUUUUAGGCAGAACAACCAAUGAAGAACAAAUAAAUUAACGGUUCAACGGCAACUUAAUGGAUUGAUUUUUGAAACUAUAUUAAUGUUAGAGAUUCGUAGUGUGAACAUAUAGAUUAUUAUUGGCAAAUGUUAACGUUAGUAUUAUACUUUUUAUGGUAAAAUGUUCAAAUGACCAAAUUUUAUACACAUGAUUAUAUGUUAUACGUAGAUAGAAAUAAAGAAAUGAUUGCCUCAUGAUUUUCAAAUUUGUUGAGUUGUAUACAUAUCUAAAUGACGCGGACGUAGAUAAUUUAUCAUACAUAAUGUAAAAAUUAAGUAUAUAUACAUUGUCUGCACCAGGUUUUGUUUUACUUUAGUUGCAGUUUUCUAUUGUUGCUAUUCUUUCUUAUAUAUUCUUUCUUUCAUUUAUGGAAGUGACUGGAAAAUAUAUGCUAUAGACUCAUUCAUGCACGUCCUAAACUGAAAGUUGGGUUUUGGACAAAAUUAAAAUGCACGGGGCCUUUAAUUUUGUGGAAAAUUGAGAAAGUUGUAUAAAAUGACAAAACAAAGCAGCUUAACGA